GUCAUGCUGUUAACGCCCCCUCGCGUCCCGUGUCGUGAAUAAAGUUGUUUCGCAGUCCGCCGGUAAUCAUGAUCGCGAGUGUGAUGUUUUACGCGCUGUGUCCGCUCUCGAGGCUCAUCGGCAGAGUUUCAGAACUGUGGUGCAAGGCGCCGUUUGUGUACGUUAAUGGCAAAGAGGUUUGGGAUGGUGGCGGUGCUCUUUCUGGACCGCAGCAGACGGGCCUGUUACUGCAGUGGAACAGCACGGUAAAAACAUCCACCGGUCCUGAUCCAGACCACACGGACACUGAGAGUCCUCACGGAGCGCUGGUAGAUCUACUAGACGUCUGUGAGCUGAAAAAGACACCAGAAGAGUUGAACAAGGAGGAAAUGCAUGAAGACGUGCACAAACCACUGCGUUACGUCAAUCAGAUGGAAGCUCCUGCAGCAUCUGUGUGUGAUGGAAACGUUGGUGUGAGAGCGUGUCGGUGGUCAGAGAGGACAAACAGUGACGUAAACCUCUCAGAAUCAGCGCUCAGGUGUCUAGAAGAAACAAAUGAUGGAGAGCCUGUGAUGACUGAGUCUGAGUUUCCCAGUAUUGAAUAUCAGAGUCACUCAGACAUUGAUAACAUGCUCUCUGCAUUCAACCAGCUUGAUGCACAUGCAGAAACAGACCGUGAGGUGGAUUCAUCCGUGUCAAAUAGACUCACUCAUCCCAGCACUGACAUCUUCCUGGGGUUUGAUUCUGACGCUGGGAAUGAAGCCCUUGGCAGCCCAGUGUUUGAUUUGGCGGCUUUGCUUGCAGACUCUCAGCAGGUUCAGACACCAGCGGAGCCCAUCGGCUGGCAUUUUCCCGUCGGCCUUGGGUUGUCACAGAUGUGUUAUUGCCCUUAUGUGCAGUUUCCUGACGUCAGCUAUUAUCCUGCGCUUCAGGAUAGUGACAGCAUUGAAGGUGGGAAUCCCAGAUUUAACACCAGACAAAAUCAGACUGGUUACACCUGCAUCUACAAACGCCGCACUGGGACCAAAACGGACGGCUGUGCAGUGUGUUAUCACAGCGACCGCUUUACCCAGCUUUCCAUCAAUCUGCUGGAGUUUCGCCAAUCAGACUGUGAGCUGCUAGAUCGUGACAACGUGGGCAUUGUGCUGCUCCUCCAGCCUAUGGCAGGGCAGAAUGAAGCAUUCAGCCCCAUAUGUGUGGCCAACACACACCUGCUGUUCAACCCCAGGAGAGGAGAUGUGAAGCUCGCCCAGCUGGCCAUCGUGUUUGCUGAAAUUGACAUCAUGAUCAAAAAAUGCAGGAGUGAAGGAAGACGCUGUGAGGUGGUUUUAUGUGGGGACUUUAACGCUUUACCCAACAGCCCUCUGUGGAAUUUCAUCACCACCGGACAGCUUUACUACCAAGGGUUACCUGCUUGGAUGGUUUCAGGUCAGCUGGAUUUGUCGUAUAAAGUCCAUCACACGAGGCUUUUCUCCCCGUUGUGGCCCAGCAGCCUCGGCAUCACUGACGGCUGUCAGUACUGGUCUGACACACAGACCGCAGCUUCAGAAGACAAUCGUCAGUACAGCGCUGAGUUUCUGUGUCAGCUGCGAUACUGCCCGGCGGCGUGUGUGCGGCCCGCUGAUCUGGAGCUCAUACCAGGAGUCACUGACAAAACACCAGGCCCAGAAGACAUGGACAUGUUUAGUUCAAGGUUUGGACACACAUUGCAUCACGCGCUGAGCCUGAGGUCAGCUUACAGUCCUGUCCAGCCCAACACGCAGACGGCUGUGGUCAGCUCUCUGAACUCCGAGGGAGGAGCGAUGCUCGACUACAUCUUCUUCUCCAGCCACAGGACCGGCUCUGCUGCAGCUGAAGAGAGCGCUGCGGGGUUGAAGCUGCUGGGUCGUUUGUCUCUGCUGUCUGCGGCUGAUCUCUGGUCUCUGCGAGGACUUCCUAACGAAGCGUUCCCGUCUGAUCAUCUCAGUCUGAUCGUCAAGCUUCAGCUUCCUCCCGUCUGACCCGAACAUUUGACAAAUGUAAGGAUUGCUUGUCUUUAUCAUUCAUUUUCAUUGCCUUACAAUUGGAUUGUGAAAGAAAAAAAAAAUGUUGGUCAGGUGAAUAUUUUGUUUUCUGUUCAGUAACAGAGCGAGUGUUUGCACGUGUGAAAUAUUCUCCAGCGUGAUGUUUGAUGUGAGGAAAUACGAUGCACCGUUUAUGAUUGACAUGUUCAUGAUAAUGUAAUCAGAAUGCACUUACAUGCAUUUAUUAGUUUUCAGUUUGUUUCUUUUGGUUUUGAAUUUAUAUUUUGAACUGAGCUAAAUAAAUAAC